CCCGGAAGCCCACGCAGCUCUUCACGCACAUUCCCAGCGGGCAACCGCAGUGUCGGGGGCUCCUAUCGCUGCCUUUUCUCUAUUUCAGGUCAACUCAGAAAGAUGCUCAGCGUGUGCGAGACCAGAGGAAACUGUCACAUGGAAGAAGUUCUGAGGCUUUAACAGAUCAGCAGAAGGCGGAGGAUGACGGACUGAGUGCUCCUGAGCCCGGUCAGCACUGUUUUUACAAGACCCUGCGAUUCGCUAUGAGUUUUGAGAAGCGCAGCUCCGCGCGGCGUGCCCGAGGACAGACCCGCAGCGCUCGGGCGGCGCCGAGAGUCUUCGUUGACUCUGUUUCUGAUAGUGGAAAGGAAGAACUGGAGAGAAAACAAGCAAUGAAAAUACUGGUGAUUGGCCUUGGUGGAGUUACAAAUGGAGGAAAAACAACGUUGGCAGAAAAGCUUAAGAAACUGCUUCCAAACUGUGAUACCCUCUGUCAGGAUGACUUCUUUAAGCCAGAGUCUGAAGUAGAAACAGACGAGCGUGGGUUUAAGCUGUAUGAUGUACUUGAUGCCCUCUAUAUGGAUGAAAUGGUGAAAACUAUUCACAAUUGGAUGAAAAGCCAUACAAGCUCAGGUGUUGCGACUGAAGAACCAAUGGACACAUGUAACAGUCUGAAGAUGACAGAAGAUGUUUAUAUUUUGGUUGUUGAAGGCUUUCUGCUGUAUAAUUAUGAGCCACUUAAUGAACUCUGGAAUAGAAGAUACUUUUUGACCCUUCCUUAUGAAGAGUGUAAAAGGAGAAGGAGCACCAGAGUCUAUCAGCCAGCAGAUACACCCGGGUACUUCGAUGGACAUGUGUGGCCUAUGUACCUGAAAUAUAAAAAUGAAAUGGAAGAAAGUGCAAGUAACAUUGUUUAUUUAGAUGGAACUAAAUCCCAAGAGGAGCUUUUAUCCUAUGUGUAUAAUGAUAUAAUACAGGAAUUAAAAAAGCUGAGAGAAGGAAAUCAGCAAGUCACAGCGUGAUAAAGCAGAAUGCCUCAGUUAGGUCUGAUGCUAAUUGAAAGCCCGAGGACUGUGGUACUUGGCAAGACAACCAACUGGGCAGGUGCCCAUGUUUAUGUCCAUACAACAUGUUUAUAGUUCAUACAACACAAGUGGAUUUGUAGCUAAAGUUCUAGCUCUGUAACCCUCAGAUGUUAAGUGCCAACGACGUAGUAUUCUUUAGAAUUCCUUCCGUCAGCUGUGCUGUGACUGACCUUAAUAUGUGAUUGAAUGUGUAUAUUCUAAAGAAGAUAUUUUUGUACACCAUACUAAACUGUAAAGAUGCAGUUCUGCUGGAUCAAUAAGCAUAUUUGAAUGUUCGUAAAGUCAUUGGAUUACAAUGAUAAAAAGCUAUUUAAUAUGUUAGAAGUAAUUACUGAUGAACACAGUUAGAGGAACUAGCUACAAGCUGUCACAAUAGUAAUUUUAAGAUUCAAUGAGCAGUCUGACAGCUUAUACAGUAACUGAAUCUGUUACUGAAUGUGUUGUAGCUGGACUCAUGUAAAGCUGCUAAAGCCUAUGUAGUAUUUCUCAAGUAAUCUGCAUAUUUGGACCAGCUCAGAAUGGGUAUUUUAAAAAGAAAGAUUGUUGGGAAAUUGUGAAGGAAUAAGAUGCCAGAAUGAGGACACAUCACUAACAGUAUUAACUACAUGUAUUAUGAAAAGAUUUAGGUUUAAAAUGGGGUGAAGUGCAAGACAAUAAAAGCAUGCUUCGGGGAAGAGGAUGUAAGAAAUAUUUCUUGUUAAUUUGCAGAAAUCAGGAUGAAAUUUUACUUAUAAAAUUAUUCAGAAAGCAGGUAUGCUAAAUAUAUGUUAAAACUUUAUUACAGGAUUUGUGUGUAUAUAUAUUUAGAUGAACCAGGAAACAAGGAGAUUUAGUAACCUUUGGUGGUAGGGUGAAUAAGCCCUUACUUUUUCUUUAUGAUCUCUUGCAAUGUUAUCAGCCAAAAUGAAAAUCUAUCUGCAGACAUGAAAAGCAAAGGAUGAGCUAUAUUACUUACUACAAUUCAGCUAAACUGAUUGUGGUGAUUGAAAGGUGUUACUUUACUGCUAACAGUGUUAAAGUGUCUUGAGACUGGGAAAAACAGAGGCCUUAAAGUGAGCGAUGUAAAUUUGUGUCUAAAAUAAAGAACUUCCAGAUACUA